GCCCGGGUGGACGUGCGGCCGCGGGGCGGGCAGGUGGCCUCGGUGAGUGUCUCUAAAGCCGCCUUUUUAAAACUGUUUUUGCGUCUGAGAGGAAGGGGCGCAUGGAGCGGGGACGCGGGUGCGAGACGUGGACCCACAGGUGCCCUGCCGCCCGCGCUCGCGAUCGGCCCGCAGCCCGGCUGGUGCGCUGACGGGGGGGCGGGGGCUCUGGGUCUGGGGGUCGCCCUCCCCCCCAGACACGCCGAGGGCUGGACGCCGGCUCUGGGGGCAGCUGGAGAUUGGGCCCAAUUGGGGCCUUCCCGCGGCGGUGCCGCCGGGCCGCGCGCCCCUCGCCCCUGGCGGGGCCCCUGGAGGCGGCGGCCGGUGGGCAGGACCGGAGGGGGCGAGGGUAGGACCCCCAGCCCUGGAGGGGCCGAGAAAGGAGCGAAGGAACCCCCGCUUCUCCCCCGGCCUCACUCGGAAAGGGUUCCCGCAGGCGCCGUCUCACUGCUUCCUAUCCUCCCUGCCCCUUCCCUUUCUUCCUUUUUUUCUAUGAGAGAGAAGCAUCGAUCAGCCGCCUCCUGCACACGCCCCACUGGGGAUGAGCCCGCAACUGAGGCGGCCCUGGCAGCCGGCUCAGAACUGGGUGGCCCCAACCAGAAUGCAGCCGGGAGCCCCUCCAGCGACCUCUGUGAGGCCGGCCACUACGUCAGCGCGGACUGCACCAUGGGCCAGGCUGUAAGGUGCUGUCCAUGCCCACCUGACUCCUUCCUGGCCCACCCCAGCAGGGCACAGUCCUGCUCGCCGUGCACGCAGUGCCGGGAAGACCAGGAGAUGGUGAGUGACUGCACCCCGAAACGGGACCGGAAGUGCCAGUGCAAGACCGAGGAGUUCUACUGCGACUCUGAGCACUGCCUGGAGGGCUGCCACCCCUGCACCAGGUGUCCCGGCGCCACCCUCCGGACCUGCAACGCCACGAGGGACACCGAGUGCGCCCCAGCAGCCCAGCCAGAGCCAGGACCCCCAGCCGGUUCCCUGGCUGUCAGCGCCUUGGCUGUGUCUGUGGUUUCCAUUGUCAUCGUCGUCAUCGCCAUUGGCAUCGCCAUCGCCUGGUGGAGAAGACGAGGGAUGCUGCUUCCCCAGUGGCUGUGCCGGUUCAGGACAGCGACGUCGGGGGAGCUAGGCAGCCAUGCGAUACUGCGACCCACGGACCCUGAGAGGGGGCCCCUGGCCCCCAGCGCGGAUAUGACGCCGCUGCUGCAGGAGGAGGCCGAUGCCCUGACGCCCAGUGCCCUGACCAGCCCGGGACCCUCAGGCGACCCCGACCCUGACCCCGACCCCGGGGCAGGAGCGGAGCUGCAGGUGGAGGUGACGGGAGGCGGCGGGGUAGCCCCAGAGCCCGCGCCCCCGACUCCUGCUGCCGCUGCCUCCGCGGGCCCAGGCCCAGGCUGAGGCGGACGCCGGCCUCCGUCAUCGAGCAGGAUCAUAAAUGAGGAUUUUGUGACGGACACGCCCCGCCCUGACGAGAGGAAGGGAGAGGGAGACACCAAUGAUGAGAGAGAAUCAUGGAUCGGCUCCCUCCUGCACGCCCCACACUGGGGAUCGAGCCUGAAACCCAGCCACGUGCCUCUACGGGGAAUAGGACCCUCUCCUCCUGGUUCCUAGAUCAACGCUGAACCACUGAGCCACACCUUCCAGCCGCCAGGUGCUUUCUGGAACCCCAUCCUCUCGGGCAGCUCUGGGAGGUCUCCCCACUUCACAGGUCAAAGUUCAGGCAGCCCGAGCCCACGAGACUACAGAACUCGCCCAGGCCUCAGACCCCAGCCAGGCUCUCCUGGUCGCAGCCUUGUCCAUCCUGCGGCUCCACCGCCUCUGGGAGCCGGAGAGCAAGCGCAGGGCCAACCUCCGCAAACCCAUCCCCCUGCCCCAGGGCUGCCGACUCCCCGGAUCCUGGGUCCCUUCUCCAGGGUCAUGGGCUCCAGGACGAAUGAGCUGCAGGCAGGACAGGAGCCACGCCGGGUCCUGGCCACAUGCACCUUCCGGAAAUGAGAGUCCGUCUUUGUUCUGGUUUCCUCUUUUCAGCCACAAGAGGCUGAUUGUGAACUCGGACAUGAGGGACAGGAAGAAGCUUAUGACGUCAGUGGGGCUGGAAGGAAGUGGCUUUGAGACGCGAGACCACGGAAGCCCGGAUCUGCCCCGCGCGUGGUGGUGCGAUGCUGCUCGGCCGGAAGGACCCGCUGGGAGGGAGCAGCCGUUCGCGCUCCUGGCAACCUCCACACCACGGACGCUCCCAGACCUAUUGGCCAGAGGAAACCUCUCAGUUUGGCCCUGGCCAGUGCCGCUCAGUGGACAGAGCAUCACCUGCGGACUGAGGGGUCCCAGGUUAGAUUCCGGCCGAGGGCACAGGCCCGGGGUGCGGGCACAUCCCCAGUGGGGGCGGUGCAGG